CUAAUACAGAUUUAUGAAUGAAUCCAAUAAAUUAAUGAGAAAUUAGAAAUUAGCGUGUAUUUUCCUCUUUUAAAUAGACACUCUCUAUUCCUCAUCUCAUCUCUUCGCUAAUUCAAAUUUCAUUUCGUCAAUCACUCCUAACUUCUGCAUUCCAAAAAUGAACUCGGACACGACGUCGUAUUGGUGCUACAGUUGCACGCGCUUCGUUCACAUCCACGACCAGAACGACGUCGUGUGCCCCCGCUGCCAUGGCGGCUUCGUCGAAAAGGUCACCGCCGGGCAAUCGGCAAGGCAGGGGUUCCGCCGCCGCCGCCGCAACGCCGGGAGCCACUCGCCGUUCAACCCGGUGAUCGUGCUCCGUGGACCGGGGGAGGACGAGGAGAGCAGCUUUGAGUUAUACUACGACGGAUUCGACGGCGAGGGGCUCCGCCCGCUGCCGUCCACCAUGUCGGAGUUUCUGCUCGGAUCGGGAUUCGACCGGUUGCUGGAGCAGGUUUCGCAGAUCGAGAUAAACGGCUUGGGAAGGCCGGAGAAUCCGCCGGCGUCGAAGGCGGCGAUAGAGUCAAUGCCGACGUUGGAAAUCACCGAGUCUCACGUCGCGUCGGAGACGACCUGCGCUGUGUGCAAGGAGGCCUUCGAGCUAGGCGAGUUGGCGCGUGAGAUGCCGUGCAAGCACCUCUACCACUCCGAUUUCAUUCUUCCAUGGCUCUCGAUGCGAAACUCGUGUCCGGUGUGCCGCCACGAGUUGCCGUCGGAGCAAGCCGCGCCGGAAACCAGAGUCGCCGGCCAGAUCGAGGAGGAGGCGGUAGGCUUGACCAUAUGGAGGUUGCCGGGCGGCGGAUUCGCCGUCGGGAGGUUCGCCGGCGAGAGCCCUUUGCCAGUGGUGUACACGGAGAUGGAGAGUGGCGGGAACUCCAACGAAGGUUCUCGAAGAAUCUCUCUGGCUGUUGGAGGCGGCAGAGUUAGGGAAAGUCGUGGUGGAUUUGGGAGAAUUUUCCGCAAUUUGUUUGGGAGAAUUGGGGCUUUGACUAGAAGCCGUAGCCUUUCAACUUCACUCUUCAAUAGAAGAAGAAGUACUAGAACCUGGGUCUUGGGAAAUUGAUUUGGAUGGAGUUGGUUUUGGAAAACAAGCUUUCAAUUUGAGAUUCUUAUUGUAAAUGGGCAUAGAACUGAUUCGAAAUGUCUUUGCAUUUUGCGUUAUAUCAAUAGAUGUUUUUCUCCAGACACGAUUCACCGAAGGGGACUCGAGAGAAAGAUUAUUCUUGCAGUAGAACAUACGUUUUGGGGGAAGAACCCAGGCUUUAAUUACUUGAUUUGUUUAAUGUUCAUAUAGUAUGUUUUAGCCGCAAAUUCUUUGAUGAAAGGAGAUAUUGAUCGUUAUUAUUCCAAAAUUCAGCAGAACAAAAGGGAAUUCCGAAUCUGUGUGCCAUAUUCGCGGCAUUCAUUCUACUCUUGGAGCUAACUUUUUGCUGGUGCUGAUGAUUAUUGGAAUUAUGGUCAUGUUGGCCUGAUGAUGAUGAUGACACUUUGCAUAUCAUGCGUUUCAUCUUUCAUGAAUGAAUUCCUUUUUUCUUCGCUU